AUGACUGUACACGCUUCCACUUUCUCUGUUAAUAUACCGAUACAAUACACGACGAGUAUUUUGCUCGUUCUAUUGACGAUAAAUAACGAUAUUUCGUCUGCCAAAAUUUGCAACGGAUCGUCGGAAAAUUGGCAAUCCCGAAUCGGUAUACUUAUUUCACCAAUAAUCUCGGGAUCAAUGAUGCGCGAAAUAGAAAUUUAUUGGAACAACGUCAAUAUUGAACCAGAGGAUAAAAUCUCGCUAUACGUGGAAGACUCUAAGGGACUGCCACGUGAAAUUUACACCGUGGUUCCGAACGAUUCGAACGGGAUUCAAAAAACUGGCGUGUUGGCCGAAUUUGUGCCCAGCGCAAACCUUUCUUUCGUAUCCAAAUGUAUAAAGUACGGAAUAAUAUGGAAAUCGAACAGAGGAGACGUAAAAAGAAUCGAUUGUUUAAGAACGUAUCCAACGUGGAUGAAAGACAUGAAAGAUAUUCUCGGUCCUUUGAGGAUAAAGGAUAUAUUUUUACCCGGGACGCACGAUUCCGCGGCGUACGAUGUGAACGGUACUAUGAUAAGCAUCAUUUCGAAAUUUGCCGUUACACAGGAUUUAGAUAUUCUUGGACAAUUGAUACACGGUGUACGAUAUUUGGAUAUUAGGUUAGGGCAUUAUCCCGAGAACAGUGAGGUUUGGUGGACCAUUCACGGCCCAUUUUAUCGUUCGGUCCCGUUAAAGACCGUUAUAGAUCACGUGAAAAGUUUUCUCGACAAUACCAAGGAAAUCGUGAUAAUGGACAUACGUGAAUUCGCCGUUGGUUUCAAUAAUUAUUCCGAUCAUCGUGCGUUGGUGUCGCAUCUGGAACACGAAUUUCGCGAUUAUUACCUGACCCGAAAUAAUCAAGGAUGGGGCGUCACGUUGAACGAGAUCUGGUCUUCUGGAAAAAGAUUGAUAAUCGGUUACGAGGAUUCGAAAGUCGUGGCUAAUCACGCAAGUGUGUGGCCUUGUGUGACGCAUAAAUGGGGGAAUGUCAAGACCGUUGAAGACUUGUACAAAUAUUUGCAUAAAGUUGAAACCAACAAUAGGUAAAACAUUUCUUGAAGUGCAAUUAAGGGGAUAAUGAUGAUUCGAGAAAGGAUUUAAUUUAUAACUAUACUGUGAGAGGUGUGUUA